CACAAAGGCCUAAACCACCCAAACACAAAACAUCUCAUCUCUUAGCUGAUCUUCUCCUCCCCCCUAUCCUCUCAAUCAAGUGAGACAAAAGCACUCCACAAAAAAUGAAGAUAAUCAUUAACGUAAUAGAUUCAACAAUGGUGCGGUCACCAGAGAAGGUUGUACGAAGAACGGUUUGGAACUCUAACAUCGAUUUGAAGACAGUGAAUAUGCACACGUCUAGUGUUUACUUUUACAGAAGAAAUGACACUUACAGUUCCAAUUUCUUUGACGCGAAGAUUAUGAAGGAAGCUCUGAGCAAAGUGCUUGUUACAUUCUAUCCAAUGGCUGGACGUUUUCAGUACGACAAACACGGUCGUGCUGAGAUUGAUUGUGAUAAUCAAGGAGUGCUCUUUGUGGAAGCUAACACUGAUACAAUCAUAGACGAUUUUGGUGAUUUUGCGUCCACGCUUCAGCAUUGUCAGCUUAUCCCUGUAGUUGAUUAUUCGAGUGGAAUCAGAACGUAUCCUCUUCUGGUGUUGCAGGUUACAUAUUUCAAGUGUGGAGGAGUGUCACUUGGUGUUGGAAUGCAUCAUCAUGUAGCAGAUGGAAUUUCAGGACUUCACUUCAUCAAUACAUGGUCAGAUGUUGCUCGUGGUUUAGAUGUUUCCGUCCCACCAUUCAUCGACCGGACACUACUCCGUGCCCGCGAUCCGCCUCGCCCUGCUUUCGAACACAUUGAAUACAAGCCUCCACCAAUCAUGAAGACUACUCCAAAAAAUCAAGACACAGAAGCUACUGCAGCCGUGUCUAUUUUCAAAUUGACUUGCAAACAAAUCGCCACAUUGAAAGCUAAGUCGAAAGAAGAUGGAAAAACAAUCAAUUUCAGCUCUUUUGAGAUUUUAGCUGGUCAUGUUUGGAGAAGCGUGUGCAAAGCAAGAUCACUUCCUGAUGAUCAAGAAACCAAAUUCUCUAUCCCAAUUGAUGGGAGAUCAAGAUUGCAACCUCCACUUCCACAAGGUUACCUUGGAAAUGUGAUAUUCACAAUCUCAACUAUAGCUAUAACAGGUGAUCUAAUGUCAAAACCAACAUGGUAUGCUGCAAGUAAAAUUCACAAUGCAUUGUUGCAAGCAAACAAUGAAUACUUGAGAUCUUCUAUUGAUUAUCUAGAGCUACAAUCUGAUUUAGGAGCUGUUUUAGGAAGUAUUGAUGCUUUGAAACGUCAAAAUAUUUUUAUGAAUAGUUGGAGUAGACUUCCAAUCUAUGAUGCUGAUUUUGGUUGGGGAAGACCUAUUUACAUGGGACCAUGCAAAAUUUGUGAUGGAUUGUCUUUCAUAGUUCCAAGCUCAAUAAAUGAUGGAAGUUUAUCUGUUGCAAUUUCUCUUCAACAUGAGCAUAUGGAAGUUUUUAAGGAGUUGUUGUAUGAUAUUUAAACAAACAAAAUGAUUGAACAACCUCAGUUGUUGCCAUUUGGAACACCACUAUGUUUCUGGUGGUGUUUCCUUUCCUAGUUUUUAAGUCUUUCUUUAUGUACGUUCGGUGAACUCUAUGCAGAUGUUAAUGACACUUGUUUAUGCUUACAGUAAAAUAGUUACAUAUUGGUGUAAGUCCUAGAGUUCAAUGUAUUGCAUUUGAGUCUAUAACUUGUAUCAUGCUAUUUAUUGAAUAAAUACCCAAUUUGGUCCGUGA